GUUGCAUCGAAGAUCAAUUACACGAAUUUCGAUUCGGAAUAUUUUUUUGAUGCUUCGACUAUUCAUAAGUAUGUGCCAGAACUCGGUAACUUUUCAAUGUAUCACGAUAGGAAUAAAACAGCGUCGAUGAUGGUCUUUCGCAAAUUAAAAAAUUUCCAUGUGGACGGAAAUGUCGGAAACUAUAUACUCCGUAGAUUGCCUCACAUUCAGUAUCUGAGCACGAAGUACGCGUACAUACGAAUAAAGCAUGUCAAUCAAGAAAAAAUUUGGGACAAUUACGUGAACAAUACAAACUUGUCGUACGAUUUGCAAGUGCCUGAACUGAAAAAUGUCACUAUAAAUUUGUUGGUGGUGCUCGAUGGUUUUUCCGUGACUAAGCCCCGGAUUGAAUUAAUUCGUACACUUUUGAUGUACUUCAACUACAUCGACAUGUUUCACGGGAAUUUCACUUCUCCAAAAAUUCAAUUUUCCAUCAAAGGAAUAGUCCUACCUCCG